AUGCCUUCAGGACAGGGAGCGGGUACAAACCCCAUCCACAACAAGAAGCCCAAGAAGAAGCCCGCCGCGGAGCUCGACGACGAGGACGUUGCGUUCAAGGCCAAGCAGCAAGCCGACAAGAAGGCGCGCGAGGACAUGGCCAAGAAGGCUGGCGGCAAGGGCCCCAUGAACACCGGGCAGCAGGGCAUCAAGAAGUCGGGCAAGAAAUAA